AUGGCUCCGCCUUCAUUGGGCGGGGCCGGGAGUGAUGGCCCCGCCUCUAUCCGGGCGGAGCAGGGCUGGCCCAGGGCGGAGCUUCAGGGGCGGGGCCCGGUGCUGGCUCCGGUGCGCGGGGCCGCAGGGCGGCUGCGCGGGGCGGGGCCGAGUGUAUUUAAUUCCCGGAAAUCGCCUCAGCCGCCCUUUGCUCACGCUGAGCGCGUUUUGGCGGGUGGUUUUCUGUCCGGGCUCGCAGGGCCCUCUCAGUCCGGCCCUUUAUCGCACACCAGCGCUCCUUGGCUGUCUCCGCAGGUGGCAAGCGAGGCAGAGCGGAGCCCCUCCAGGGAAAUUCCCCGGGUGUGCCAAGGAGGUCUGUUCUACCCCCUGCCCCUGCGAGGACAGAAAAUCUCCUGCCUGGCUCGCCAUAAUGAAACGCGGAUGAAAAUCAAACCCUACAAUUCUAAUAAAGAUUUAGCUCUUCUCGCCGAUGAGUCACCAGUUGCCGGGCGGCCCCGCAGCGCCCCGCGGCCCCGGAGCGGAGUUCGGGGCUCGGGCCGGGGGGACGGACCCGCCCCGGGGGGGUCCCCGAGCCCCCUGCCCGCCCCGGGGCCGGCCGGGGGCUCCCCCACCCACAGCCGGGGCUGCGGGGCCGCGGACAGAGGGCGGGAAAGGGAGCUCCGGGCUGCAGCGGAGGGGCUGCGGGAGGAGGAGGAGGGACAGGAGGAGCGGCGGGAGCAGGAGCGGGAGAAUCCCGCCGCUCGCACCGCCCGCACGCCGGGGCUGCAGCACCCCCUGCCCCGCCAGCAUCGCCCCAGCCCCGAGCCGCAGGGCAGGGGGAGGCCGAGCUCGCCCCGGCUCUAUCGAGGGGUCUCCGGGAGGAUUUUUCUGGAGAGCGCUCGGAGCCGGCAGAUGCCGAGCCCCGGAUCCCUCCGGGCUCCCCAAGAGGAGCUUUUUCGGGGGGAGAGGAGCUGUGAUCGCCCCUCGGAGGGUCCCGGGGGACCACGCGGGGCUGGCCCGGUGCUGACAGGGCGGGACAUUGGUUUUGGGGAUCCCCGCUGUGAGGAAGAGGAAGAUGCCCCCGGACACCCAGGCAGAGCAGGAGCUGAGGAUGGAGAGCAGGGAGGACAAAUCCCCACAGCAGAACAUCGUGGAAGAGGCUGUUUUGAGUGGCUCCAUGGCAGAGGAAUCGAAUGGGGAGGAAAAACCCUGGAGAUCCCGCACGAGGAGGGGCUGCAAACCCAGCCCAGGGUGUCUGAGGAGGAAAGUCCUACCCUGUGCCAGGGAGGUGGACAGAGUUUCAGCCAGGGAUCAGAGCUGGUGGUCCCUGAGCAGCUUCAUGACAGGGAGAGGCCCUGUGAGUGCCUGGAGUGUGGGAAGAGCUUCAGGAAGAGUUUUGACCUGAUCUGCCACCAGAGGAUCCACACUGGGGAACGGCCUUACGAGUGUGGGGAGUGUGGGAAGGGCUUCAGCCACAGGUCUGACCUGAUUGUCCACCAGAGGUUCCACACUGGGGAGAGGCCCUACGAGUGUCCUGAGUGUGGGAAGAGGUUUCACACCAGCUCCCAUCUCCUUGUACAUCAGCGGAUUCACAGACAGGAGAGGCCCUUCCGCUGCCCCGACUGCGGGAUGGGCUUCAAGCACAACUCCACCCUCGUCACCCACCGGCGCAUCCACACCGGGGAGAGGCCCUACGAGUGUCCCCGGUGUGGGAAGAGCUUCUCAGACCGCUCAUUCUUUACCCGGCACCAGCGGAGGCACCGGUAAGGGAAGCCCUGCGAGAACCCCGCCUGCAGGAAGAGCUUCGUGCGCUGCUCCAGCUCCAUCCCCAUCAGAGGACCCACCCUGGUCAGAGCCCUGGUGACCCACAUGCCCUGUGAUACACAGAGGGAAGUGGCUGCUGUUAUUUUAUUUUGCCUCUUAUUAUCUUUUAUCGUCCUCCCUUCCAAACACAGAAAAUUGGGGUAAAAAUCAACAAAUUCAUCAAAG